UUGAAAUGUUGCCUUUUUAUGGAAUUUGUAUAUUAAUGUUUCUAAAAUUUUCAACGGCUGACGAGAGUAAUGAAGUUUAUGUAACCGAUUUAAUAAAGGAAUUUGGUUUACCGGAAUUACCACCCGGCGUAGCAGCCGUACCAGGUAUUUGUGACACCGGAAUGUAUAAUUAUCCACCAGCCUAUCGAAUAACAAAAGAUGCCAUUUUAACCGUGCAAACGGCCGAAGUUUUCCCCUAUGGUUUCCCUACAGACUUUUCUAUAGUUUUAGCUUUACGCAGUAAUCGCACUAAUCAGUUAAAAGCUCCAGUUUUUACUAUUUAUUCAGAUGAAAGUGAGGAAAUUUUGUCAUUGGCAGUGGGUACUGAAAUCACUUUAAGUUAUGAACAAAUUGAUGCCAAUUUUAAACAACGUAAUAAUAUAAAUUUCGGAAUUGGUAUCAAUGAUCAUAGUUGGCAUCGUCUUGGUGUUAGUGUUAAAGGUACAACGACCACUUUAAACUUAGAUUGUACAAAGCAAAUAACAAGACGAGUGCAACGUUCUUUUGGAAGUUCGAUAGCAACCAACGGGCUUAUAUUGACUGGUGUACAGAUGAGCAGUGAUGAUGGUUUUUUUACUGGUGAUAUCCAAAUGAUGGCCAUUGUAAACACACCCGAGGCUGGUUUUGAAGUUUGCACUAAGUACGUACCCGAAUGUUUGGAAUCUUCUGAGACAACUACCAAAUUUCCUACACCAUCCAAUCUUGCUUUAGGCAGAGAAACUGCUAAUUCAUCCCUCAUAGGGAUACCUCCUUACCAGCGUCAUCAAGUCAAUAUUAGCAAUUAUCAUUCGGAACCAUACGAUUUUAGCGUAGUUGGAUAUUUUCCUGAUGAAAAAAGAUAUUUAACUGAAAGCGACGAUAAAAAUUUUACUGGUGAAACUGAAACCACACGUGUUGGUGGGGACGGUAGGACAGUUUCUUCGGAAUUAACUUCUGUGGAAUUAGUGACAUCGGCUUGGGAUUAUGAAGAUAUCAUACCUGGCUCUGUGACAGAAGAAUCUGUGGGUAAUGACUCAUUUUUGGGCGAUCCUGUUGACAUUGGCAUUAGUAGUAGCUCCCCCUGUUAUCCUGGACCCCGUGGUUAUACUGGUCUUCCAGGAUCGCAGGGUGAUCGCGGUCCAAAGGGUGACUCUGGUAGGGAUGGUUUACCUGGAAUGCCUGGCAUUCAAGGAUCACCAGGUCACGUUUUUGUGGUGCCGACAUCUCACGCUGGAAAUGAGAAAGGUCCUGACACGCAGGCAGAGGCCUUGCGUCAAAUGAUAUCUCAACACAUGAUGGCCUUACGCGGAUCUGAAGGUCCCAUGGGUCUGACUGGUCCUUCCGGUCCAGUCGGUCUUACCGGUCCACAAGGAGAAAAAGGUGAGCCAGGUGAUGCUGGCGAGCCAGGGUUGCGGGGAUUAAGAGGUCAAGCUGGACCGCAAGGACGCGAGGGUCGUCGCGGUCGUUCUGGUCGGGAUGGAGAACGUGGUGCUCAGGGCCCACAAGGGCCUAAAGGUGAGGUGGGACUAAUGGGUCCCAUUGGUAUACCCGGCGAAAAAGGUCAUCGCGGAGCUCCGGGCCAAAGAGGUGAGAAAGGACAGCAAGGAGUAGAAGGUCAACCAGGUGAGGAAGGUCCUGCUGGUCUACCCGGUCUCUCUGGUGAAUUGGGUCCACGGGGUUUUCCUGGUCCGCGAGGCUUUCCAGGGUCUGCUGGAGCUCCUGGACCGCAAGGUACUGAAGGUCAGCCAGGAGCAAAAGGUAAUUCCGGGCCUGUUGGACAGACGGGUCAGCCUGGACAAACAGGGCCUCCAGGAGCUAUAGGUUCUCCAGGACCUCAAGGAAAAUCUGGAUUUCCCGGUAUACCGGGGCCAAGUGGAAAGUCCGGUUUGCCUGGCUUGCCAGGAGCAGAUGGUUCCCCUGGUAUGCCUGGUUCACCGGGCGCAAUGGGACCCAAAGGUGACCAGGGUUUGCAAGGUGUGCAAGGGUCGGUUGGCUUUCCUGGUUCUCGUGGAGCAAAGGGGGAUGAUGGUCCUCGUGGUUUAUUAGGAGAUAAAGGCGAUACGGGAGAGCGUGGAGUAGACGGUGAUAAAGGCGAUAGGGGUUCUCCAGGGGAACGCGGCCCAGCAGGUGUCCCGGGACCGCCAGGGAUAGAGGGGCCUGAGGGGCCAAAAGGAUUUGAGGGUCCACGGGGAGAAAUGGGUCCUCCAGGAUCUCCUGGUGAAAAAGGAAAACAAGGUCUUCAAGGAUUCCAAGGUUAUCCGGGGCCUUCAGGUGAUAAAGGUGAUAAGGGAGAUGCAGGCGCUACUGGUCCAGUCGGAGUAAAAGGUGAACGUGGACCGCAGGGAACCACUGGUGAAAGAGGCGAAAUUGGCCCUAGAGGAUUUAGAGGUUCGCGUGGUAAAAGAGGUAGUGAUGGUAACCCUGGUCCAAAGGGAGAUACUGGCCAACCAGGACCAUCGGGACCACAAGGUGAAAGGGGUCCUCAGGGUGCGGAGGGUCCUAGGGGUUUUAUUGGCAUGCCAGGUGCACCAGGAGUUGAUGGGAAAUCAGGAGUUCAAGGACCUUCUGGAGAAAGAGGACAACCGGGCGAAUCAGGAAAACCGGGACCACCUGGCGAGCCAGGAGUGAUUGGACCUCGCGGAGCUCCAGGAGAAAUGGGUCCCAUAGGUGAGCCUGGAAUUCCUGGAUUGCCCGGACAGCCGGGAGAAGCUGGAAUACCGGGCGAGGCUGGGAAGGAAGGCCUACCAGGUCCUCCGGGACCAAUGGGUGGUACUGGUUCUCAAGGUCCUACGGGGUUACCAGGAUUUCCCGGCGAACGCGGCCAUCAAGGUCAACCGGGCUUGCCAGGUUUUAAGGGUGAGCAAGGUUUGACCGGCGCUUCUGGUCCACCAGGGGAUAAAGGUGCAAUAGGAGAGCCUGGCUCCCCAGGUCUUCAGGGCGUGCAAGGUGGAACAGGCCCUCCAGGAAAUGCAGGAGCAUCAGGAGCUAAGGGCGAAACAGGUGAGAGAGGGUUAAUAGGACCUGCUGGCAGAGAUGGGGUUGCAGGAGUAAGAGGUUUGCCAGGUCCACCAGGACCAAUUGGCACUCCUGGUGAAGAUGGCGAUAAAGGAGAUGCAGGACUGCCGGGUGAGAAAGGCUUAAAAGGCAAUCAAGGUGAUAUGGGACCCUUGGGUUCCCCUGGUUCACAAGGCCCCAGAGGGGAAGCUGGUCCCCCAGGAGGACCAGGAGAAAGAGGCCCGCCUGGUGAACAGGGUCAUAGAGGUAUUAAGGGUGAAGACGGUGUUCCUGGCAUGACCGGCUCGGCAGGAAAACUUGGAUUGCAAGGCCUUCCUGGUCCAGCAGGCAUAAAAGGUGAACGAGGUGAUGAAGGAAUGAUGGGACCUGUAGGUCCAUUAGGCCCACCAGGUGAACAAGGGCGAAGAGGAACAAAGGGAUCUGCCGGUUUACCUGGAAAGCCGGGUCCACGCGGUUCUCCUGGUUUACCUGGAAUUGAUGGGCCACAAGGAGCUCAAGGUCCAAUUGGUCCUCCUGGUAUGCAGGGUGAGAAAGGGCCUCUGGGACCUAAAGGUGAAGAAGGAAAGUCCGGCCCUGAAGGAUCGCCAGGAAAACAAGGCGUACAAGGCCCUGAAGGUCCUAAAGGAGACAUUGGUCCAAGAGGGUUUCCCGGCUCGAAAGGCGACUAUGGCUUAAUGGGUCCUAAAGGAGAAGACGGUUUGGAGGGAGAAGAAGGAAAGCCGGGUCAGGCGGGACAACCAGGUGAACCAGGUCCACAGGGCACAGUAGGUGAGCCUGGUUCACCGGGGAAACAGGGACCUGAAGGACCGCCAGGACCCCAAGGUUCCAUAGGAUCAAAUGGUGAAAAAGGUGACAAAGGAGAUGUAGGACCAACUGGUCCAGAUGGACUGAGUGGACCGCAAGGUCCGCCAGGCUUAACUGGUCCUCAAGGUGUAAGUGGCAAACCGGGACCCGUCGGGGAAACUGGGCUUCCAGGUCUAAUGGGUGUUGAAGGCAGAGAAGGGCAGGUCGGUUUGCCAGGCAUUGCUGGUCCAAAAGGUGACCGUGGACGUAGAGGGCAAAAAGGUCAUCGUGGAGAACUUGGUAUUGUAGGCCUUAAGGGAGAACAAGGAGAGAAAGGUGACCGCGGCCUAAGAGGAGUACAGGGAAGCGAGGGACCUAAAGGCGAUCCCGGACCUAUGGGUAUGGAAGGACCUAAGGGAAAUGAAGGACCUACAGGAUUAGCGGGGCCAAAUGGACCACCUGGUCCAAAGGGAACGGAAGGGAACACAGGAAAUAAAGGAGAAAUGGGACCUAUUGGGCCGCCUGGACCCCCUGGAGCACCAGUUGAAGCUCCUCUCAUACCACCUGAGUUAUUGUUCCAAAUGCAACAAUAUUCGUCAACUAAAUCCCAAAUUAGACGUAGGCGAGACGUCGACGCAUCAAUAUCGAUAGACGAAGACGAAGAUGUAAAUGAAUUGAUGGGGGCACUGCCCCCUCCAGAGCCUGUCGUUUCCACGGAAAAGAAGAGAGGCAAAAAAAAAAGAAGAAGAAAGUUCAACGGUAAUGAUUCGAAUUCCAAAAUUGCGAAUGUAUAUAAAAUCAUUUACCGUAUAAGUAAGGAGAUGGAUAAAAUGCGCAAGCCUUCUGGAGUACAAGAUAAUCCUGCGCGAACAUGCAGGGACUUGUUUUUUGCUCAUCCUCAAUUUAAAGAUGAUUGGUAUUGGAUUGACCCGAAUGGUGGUAUGUCGGAUGAUGCUAUUUACGUUUUUUGUAAUAUGACGGCCAAAGGGGAGACUUGCAUUUCUCCAGACACGCAGACAGCCGAACUUCCACUUGUGCCUUGGCGGAACGUCGGCGAAAAACGAUGGUUUUCCAAACUGCAGGGGGGCUCUCAAAUCACUUACGACGCUGUAGGCACAGUGCAAUUGACAUUCUUACGCAUAAUGUCAGAGAGAGCUUAUCAAAAUUUUACGUUUUAUUGUCAAAACGUAAUAGCUUGGCAUGAUCGUUCACGUGAUAAUUAUGAAAAGUCGUUGAAAUUUAUGGCCGAUAAUGAAAUGGAAAUAACACAUAACAGCUUAGAAGUUCAAAAGGAAAUUGUUAAGGAUGAUUGUGAGUUGGCAUUUGCUAGUGGAAUCACACAGCUUGAGUUCAAAACUAAACGCUUAAAUUACUUACCUAUUAUCGAUUUUUUCCCCAAGGAUUAUGGCAAUGACGACCAAGCUUUCGGCUAUAAAGUUGGGCCUGUGUGUUUUAUAUAAUCUGACACUAGUUCUGCUAGACUCUUUGUAUACCAUUUUUAGUUAGACAAUUUCUAGCUUUAAGCUAUAAUUAGAUUUUCUAUUUGACUGCCAGAAAUUUUAAGUGAAAAAUAGUUAGGAAUAGUGUAGAAAUUUACAAGCAUUUAUAUUUUAUGUAAAAACGUAUUU